CGCGCGUCCUCUCCAGCGGACCGGGAUGUCUCCGGGAUCUUUACCUCCUCACACACUCUAACACACACACACACACACACACUCUAACACACUCCUCUGUCUCGGUGUGUCUCGGGUCUGCCCCAUGGCCUCGAACCUGACCCGGAACUGGACCAACCCGUUCGCUCAGCCCCCGUGGCGCGUGGCGCUCUGGUCGGUUCUGUACGGCUCGGUUCUGACGGUGUCUCUGUUCGGGAACCUGGUGGUGGUGUGGAUCAUCGUGGCUCACCGCCGCAUGCGCACCGUCACCAACUACUUCCUGCUGAACUCGGCGGUGUGUGACGCGUCUCUGUCCGCCUUCAACACACUCAUCAACUUCAUCUACGCGGCGCACGCGGACUGGUACUUCGGACCCGGGUACUGCAGCUUCCACAACUUCUUCCCCGUGGCGGCCGUGUUCGCCAGCAUCUACUCCAUGACCGCCAUCGCCACGGACCGGUACAUGGCCAUCAUCCAUCCUCUGAAGCCCAGAUUAUCAGCCACGGCCACUAAGGUGGUCAUCCUGUGCAUCUGGGUUCUCGCUGUGGUUCUGGCUUUCCCUCUCUGCUUCUACUCCACCAUCAGGACUCUGCCUCGGAGAACCAUCUGCUACGUCGCUUGGCCAAGACCAGCUGAAGAUUCUUUAAUGUACCACGUCAUCGUGUGUGUGCUGGUCUAUGUGCUGCCCCUGGUGGUGAUGGGGAUCGCUUACACCAUAAUCGGAGUGACGCUGUGGGGAAGCGAAAUUCCAGGAGACUCGUCAGACAACUAUCACGGCCAGCUGCGCGCCAAGAGGAAGGUGGUAAAGAUGAUGAUUGUUGUCGUGGUGACCUUUGCCCUUUGCUGGCUGCCCUACCACGUCUACUUUAUUGUCACUGGACUGAACAAAGAGUUAAACAAGAGGAAGUCCAUUCAGCAGGUUUAUCUCUCAGUGCUGUGGCUGGCCAUGAGCUCCACCAUGUACAACCCCAUCAUCUACUGCUGCCUCAACAACAGGUUCAGAGCAGGCUUCAAAAGGGCUUUCCGGUGGUGUCCUUUCAUCCACGUAUCGAGUUAUGAUGAGCUGGAACUGCGUACAGCCCGACUCCACCCGCGCAACCGCAGCAGCAUGUGCACGCUGUCCCGCGUGGACACCAGCGUCCUGGGCGAAGACCCUCGCCAAGCCACCCACAAGAGCACCAGGUCUCUGAACCACAGUGAGAUCAACGGCGCCAGAGUGAGUCCUCCUCCCACCAAAUACGGCCUGUACACCGACACAAGCUCCGCCUCUAAGCAAUUCGACUAACAACCACGAAAAAUACGCGGAAAUUUCAAACUUCAAUCGUUUCUGUGUGUGAUUUCAUUUUGCUGAAUGCACUGAACCUCCUGGCAGAGGCAACCAGAUCAGAGUUUAAAAUCUUACAAAAAACAUGAUUAUAGUUAUUCAGUCUGUUGCUCUAAAAUCGUCUGUAUUUCUCAUGUUUAAUAUAAAAUAUAAUACAGUGUUGAUGUAACAUCUAAAGGACUAAACACGGGGGGUAAAGAAAAGGUCAAACCCGCUCAUUAUUUCAGGAGAAACGUGUAAUAAUACAUAUCACUAGAUGUAUUAAAGCCAACCUGCUGUUUAAAACUUUGUGAAUUUCGAUGUCCUGAUGUAGAGUCGCAAAUCAUGAAUGUAUACGAGAACAAGACAUGAACUGCAUGCUGUGAAGUAUUUAUAUUCAGUAUUUCUGCUGUUUUGUACAUUUUGUAGUGAAUUUGUGAGGUUUGAUGAUUUCCACUUGUUUAGUGCGAUGAUGGUGUAAACAAGUUGUAAUACUGUGAAUGAAAUUCAAAAAUGUUUAUUUUGUGAUGAA